AUGUGUGGUGAUAGAUUUAAUUAUAGAAUUUUACGUGUUAAUUACAUUACAAAUGGUUGGUACGGUUGUGUAGAAAUUGAUCGUUUUCAAGCACCUGUUACCUUCUGUACAAUGUUCCCAUCUACAUUUAUUAAAAUAGCUAAGAACAUGUUGCAAUUACAAAAUCUCAUCAAAUUGACAAUAGAGAACUACAAGGAACUGAUUGAUGCAGAGUCACAAUUGAAAGAGCAAGCAGUAUUAAUAGUAUUAACUGGAUGUUACCAGACACCUAAAUUGAAUAAUAACGUCAAUAGCAAUCGAUAG